AUGGAUACUGGUAGAGCACAAGUAGAGCAGCAUGCUGGUGUCCCAAUCAUGCGGUACAAUCUACGACAUCCAAUCGGACCAAGGCCUCCAUCUUUGAAAGAGCAAAAGAAGAUGAGAGAUGAAAAAAAGAAUUUGUUGAAAACAAUGAGAGAUGAAUUGGGUGUCUUGCUUCCGGAUAUUGACAGCGAAAUUGUAGUUACUCAAGAGAGGGUUCAUUGGGACCGUUCGAUGAAGGAUGGCGAUGGUUCAAGGAUCACAGAAAAAAUUCUCGAAGCUGCAGCUUUAAUCAAAGAUUUCAAUGAGGAAAAAGAUGAUUAUGGGAUUUUGGAAGAGCGGAAGAAGCAGCUCUUUAAGGCAAAACAAGAGAUGCAAAGACUCCUCAAUGAAUACUAUGGCCAUGCUUAUAUCUCUCCUCUACUUCGGACUUUCUUUGAAAAGUAUGAAAUCGAUAUGUUGGAUGUAGAUGAUCCAUUGUAUUGUCCUGAUGAAAUUCGAGGGCUUCGUUAUGAAACAGAGCAAGAGGACGAGGAGGAUCCAAAGUUUACUGUCUAUUGUGGUCCGCAAGAGAAGGAGACAAUCAUCAAGGGCUGUAGGAUGGAACGGCUCAAGCCGCAUCUAAGCGAAGGAUAUUUGUACAGUUGUCAGCUGCAAGGAGAGUUAGCAAAGGCAAAAGGACCGUAUCAGGAACGAUACCUAAUCCCUAUAGGAGAUUCAAAUUUGGACAAGGCGCCUGACGACUGCCUCUGGAAGUUUGGUAGCAAUGGCAGUUCUCUGAGUCCACUUCCAUUUCAACAAAAAGACAAAGCCUUCUGUCUCAAGCUCGAUAAGUCGGCGCAGAAGCUAGCAGACAAUGCAAACAGACUAAGCAUUUUUGAUGCCAGGAGACAACUUGCAGAAAUUUCAAACAUAGUGCAGCUGUCAGCAAAGGGAAUUGGAACCAUAUCCUUGGAAGAGGUCAAGCGUAUGUUGGAUGGCAUAUCGAAAGAAAGAACAAUUGAGAAGUUGAAGCAAUAUGACCUAGUUCUUUUUAUUCCGAAGAGCGGUGAUGGUACAAAUUGCCAUGCUGUCACUUAUUGCAAUGGCUUGAUCUUUGACUCAACUCAAGAGUAUCCCAUGCAUUUGACUGAACGCACUUUAGAGUUCUUAACUGGAUCUGUUUCCUUUGUGGGUAUUUGGCUUGCAAGAGCUUUCACUAUUUCAAACAAAAUCAAAAAGAAAAUGGGAUGGCAGUGA